UUGGCGGCUGGUUAGCUGGCUGGCUGGCUGGCUGGCUGGCUGGCUGGUUGGUUGGCUGGCUGACUGGCUGGCUGGCUGGCUGACCGGCUGGCUGGCUGGAUGGAUGGAUGGCUGGCUGGCUGGCUGGGUGGCUGACUAGCUGGCUGGCUGGCUGGCUGGCUGGCUGACUAGCUGGGAUAAUGAAGGAACAGCAACAGAGGCGCACUGUGGAGGAGGGGUGCGAUGUGGUGGACAGCGGCCUACGCUUCGAUCACCACAUCGCUGUCGUCGCCCGCCAGACCUCUCUCCGAGUCUCUGCCCUGCGCAGGAUGGCGAACACCCUCGACCCACGGGGCAUCCUCACGCUAUACAGGGCACAGAUACGCCCAUGUAUGGAAUACGGUGCCCUGUCCUGGAUGUCGAGUGCCGCCACCCACAUGCAGAGACUGGAUGCUGUGCAGCGGCGAGCCCUGCGCUUGGUGGCCACCGAUGAGGACCAACAGCACCCACCACCAGUAACGUCACUGGAGCAUCGCCGGGACGUGUCGGCACUAGUGGUGUGCCACAAAACUCAGGUGCAGAGGGUCCCUCACCUUGACCCCCUGAGGCUGCUGCCACACACAGUGCAGAGGUGCACCAGAGCCGCGGCCAGUAGCGACGAGCUAGUGAAGGUGCCUCGAUCUCGCUCUAGCCAACACCAGCGCACCUACACAGCCAGGACUUCGCGGCUGUGGAACAUGUUCACGGCGGCCAAGCCCCAAGUGCAGGACAUGUCCACGCACCAGGUGAAGCUGGCAGCCCACAGCUGGCGUAGCACGCACCUGUCCUCACUGGUGCUUUAAAUUUUUAUUAUUUUAUUGUAUUAUUGUAUUAGCAUUAUUAUCUUUAUGAUAAGUAUGUAUAGUGUUAUUCCUGUAAAUAAUACUAUCAUAGGCUUCUUAAAUAAUUCCAUACUCAACGUGGAAUUUUAAGCCUUUCUGUAAAUAUUUGUUAAAAAAGAGAG